AUGGGUUACAUCGAUGCCGGCCCGCCGCCAGGCAAGAGCGUCCGACGGCGCUUGGACGACAAGAAUUCCUCAAUUCUGACACAUAAUACCCAAGAAACCGUCCACUCGCUGGAAUUUGCUACACCGGCAACAUCAAAAUCCGCUUCAAUUUCUGGUUCCGUCUCCACAUCGCGACAAACUCCUGUGCCCCAAGCUCUGACAGCACACUUCCCUACCGUCUUCAACAUCUACAGCCGCAGCAAGUAUUUCAUGGGCCGAUACAUCCUGGGCGAGCACCAGAACGAGCCUUUCUAUCUUUCAGUCGAACAUCCCCACUCAGCCAAUUGUCCGCCCGUGGUCUUACACGCAGGUGUGGAUGAUACCUGGCCCCUAGUUGGCUCUGCCCAGUGGGAGAAAGAUGACUUUGGAAGAGCCUUCAUUGUUGAUAUACCAUCUUUGCUGAAUCCCGAAGGCCAUUACCCGCAGGAGAUGGUCGAGUGGCAGGCCGGCUCAACCAUUCUGGCCAACAUCUUCGGCAACGGUACAUUUCGAUUCAGUCUCAAAUAUGGCGAGGAUGGCCAGCAGGUCUAUGAAUGGAGAUACUCGACCUCGGGCGUGGCAAAGAAUGUCAUCAAGCCGAAAAAGGCAUGGAUCCUUGUUCGGCUGGAUGAGGGAUCUGCCGGCAAUAUUACAACUAUUAAACCUGGGGCAUCUGACCCAGUAGAUCAUGAUGGAUGCGAGAUUGUUGCGGCUUGGGGCACCGUUGACAACAGCCUUAGUAAGGUUGCAACCUUCGGCUUCGCAGGUAAUGGAGCGAGAGGGAAGCUCGGCGAGAAAUGGGCCAUCGUGGCCGUUGUUUCGUUCUUGGUCUUAUUUCAAUGGACGCAGCGUGUAAAAAGUCACAGCGAAUACUAA